AUGGAAAAUUGUGACUAUAGCACGGUGUUUGUGUCCUUUUUAAAAGCAUUGUACAAGAAUGUUAGUCUGUGUAGUAGGACUGGAAACUCAAACCUUUUUUUAGGAGUAGACUGCAGUGAUAAUUCUAGAAAGGGCUAUUUUGGAGGAGAAAAUAAUUAUAUAUCUUCCCCAGUAGAUUCUGUUAAUAGUGCAGACCAAAAGUCUGGUACUUCUUCUAUUUCUACUCAUACUCAUAUUUGCCCUUACACUCACUCAUUGUGUUCCCAGAUUGGAGAUGAGGUAUAUUGUGACCGCUAUAUUACAAACCCUGUUAUUGUCACAAUUGUUCUUACUUACUUCUUAAGACAAAUCUAUAACAUUGGUUCCUGGGAUUGA